AUGUUUGGCGAUCUCAAGAACUUCAAGCAGAUCAUGCAUGAUCUGGGUUCGAUCAAAGACGCUGUCAUUUUAUUGAACAGCGUUUUCGAGACCAUGGACGCAGUUAUGCAACGCUAUAUCUACAUUGAGAAGAUCAAGACGAUACAAAGCAAGAUCCUCCUCGUCGGCGGCCUCGAUGGAGUAAACUGUAGAAUUCGGCGGAUGGUCGACAUGGCGCUGACACUGCGCAACAUUUUCGCGCAGCCAUAUCAGUUUGAAACUGAGACAGAGAGCCGGACUGUGAAUCUGAAUGUCGCCUUUGGCAUUGAGAUGGGUCCAAUUGUUGCUGGAAUUGUGGGAAAGAAAAAGUUUUGGUAUGAGGUCUAUGGAGAUGUUGUAAACACAGGUACCGAGUCGGCUAAAGGCGGACAGAUCAUUGUCACGGAGAAAGUCUGGUCGACAGUCAACGACAGAUUCCGGGGCAUUUCGCUCGGGGAGCGCGCCGUAAAAGGCAAGGGAAUAGUCACCAUCUAUUCGAUACAAGGACUCACCCCAGAAGCCCAGCGGGAGCACGAUGAGGCAGAAGAGAUCCUGAGUGACAUUGAUAUGGACGCCGUGUACACCGUGACCGGCAGCAAGGAAAACCUCGGCGAGGAUCGUCCCAGGUCUCGAAGCGGCACCAAAGUCGGCUUCUCGGACUCUGGGACCCCCGUUGCUGUGACCUCUUUCACUUCCCGGGACCGGCGAAAAACACUCUAUGGCUCGCUCAUGGAGAGCGAUAUCAACACACAGCGCCGCGCGUCGGAUGCGGAUACCACCAUCAUCAAGAUCAACAACCAGACGCACGAGAAGAAGUUUGAACGAGUGGAUGAUGAGAAGGAGAACGCCGACAAAGUCAGAGGCGCCAUCUCGGAUGUCAUCGUCAAGCUGUGCAACGGCAUUGAUCUCUCGGGCGAUGCAGAAGAGGUGUACUCGCUCUAUCUCUCCGAGAUCUACGACGAGGUCAAGCCCUAUACGCUCGUUUUCCGAGACCGCGCACUCGAGCGAGCCUUUCGUGAAGACUACUGUCGUGGGACAUCGCGCCAGUUUAUGGUCAGCACCAUCAUUGGAUUGCUCUGCGAGAUCGUGCUGAUGGCACUUUCGAUAUUCAGCUCCUCGCAAAUCCACAGCGGCGUCAUCUUCACCUCCCUCGGGCAGUUCUAUACGGUCCUCAUCCUGUUCAUCCUCAGUCUCGGCAUUCAGAUGCUUCUGACUGGAAUCGUGAUGUUCGAGGGCGACGAAGACGAGACAAGGUCUAGUCGCGGCCUGUUUCGGACCCGGAUGAUUCUGUUUGGGAUAUCAGCUGCAACCAUGUUCGUCAUGACGGUGACUGUAUCAUUGGUCUGGGACGGGAUGUGGGAUAUUCCGUUCUACGAAACGUGCGUCAUCGGAUCCAUCACAACCAUGUACAUCAUGCGCAUCGACGGCAUGAUAUUCCUCUACAAGUUCAGUGUCGUCGCCGCCGUCGCACCCUUCAUCAUCAUCAUCAACUUUGCGGAGCGCGGCGGUAGUAACUGGACCGAAAACCUAGCUUUCAUCGGCGCCACCCUGAUCUGGAUCACAACGUUUCAUAUGACCGAGCACUCGCUCCGCGCCGAGUAUCUGCUGGACCUGAUGCUCGAAACCCAGACCGAGAUGCUCGAGAAGGAAGCCGUCAAGUCCUCGGUCGUGCUCAAUACGAUCCUGCCAGAGCGCGUGUCGCUCAAGAUGCUGGCGGACCCAGAUGCAAUCGUCUUUGACAACUUUCCGGCCAUCACGGUGCUGCAUAUGGAUGUCGCUGGCUUCACUGCGAUGUCGAGCGACCUCGAGCCCCUCAAGAUUGUCAAGAUGCUCAACACGCUGUUCACGUACUUUGACCGGCUAACAGAGGACUACAACGUGGAAAAGAUCAUGACCAUUGGUGACGCAUACGUGGCUUGCUCGACACUAUCGACGUUUUCGGAUCCGAAGGAGGGAGCCAUAUCUGUCUGUGUGGUUGCCCUCCAGAUGCAGUCGUAUGUGGCAAACCAUCUCAACAAGUCCGACUUUGUGGUCAAUGUGGUCAAGAAGCCGCUGUCGAUGCGCAUAGGCGUUCACACAGGUCCGGGCUACGGCGCUAUCAUGGGUGGCUCCAGGAAUUUCCGAUACGACAUCAUGGGCGACACAGUUACAUUCGCCGAGCGGGUCCAGGAACGCUGCCCGCUCGACAAAGUCAACGUCAGCUGCACCACGCUCGAGUUGGUCAAGGACUACCACGGCUUUGAGGCCGACAAGAGCAUGACCGACGAGGUGGACGGUGUAGCCACAUGCGUCAUCGCCGCAACGGACACUCGCAUGAUCGCCAGCAACCUGCACAGCUUCGAGCUCAACAAGACUCCAUCAGGGUCGCCCCUCACCCGGCUCAAAACCUCGCAAGGGAAGGGGAAGAAGGACUCGCUCAGCAAGCUGUUUAUCACAAGCAACAAAUAGGCUGACC